AUGUCAUGGUUCAAGAUUCGGCCGAACAGCGGUCUGUCUUUACCUUUGGAAACGGCAAUCCUUUGGUGUGGCGGGGGUCCGGAAUGUCCGAUCUGCCAUAUCGUGCAUCCGGCAGAGGAGAAUGCUCGCCGUCACUCGGAGGAACACAUGCCGCCGGAGGAGGAAAUCGAGAUGCGAAGGCGUUGGCAUCUGGGAGAGUUGGUGGCGCCGUUGGUUAAACGAUCGAUGGUCACCGAGACCGUACAGGCAAGUCGACGAGUCAAGUGUACGGAUCGCGAGCUCAGCCUCAAUUCCGGAUUCUACCCCGGUUGGAAACAAGACUCGGAGCUGCCUUUUCCCUCUGUAUCCAAGAUACGCAAAGCCGUCGACCCGAGUUUGCCUCCUGCUGUCGCUCCGCCUGUAAUAGAGUCUGCCGAGGAGAAGAGGCUCAAAGAAAAGGUCUCUCAGCGGGAUACCGAGAUUGACCGUCUCCGCAAAGAAGUCACGAGCCUGCAGGAUCAGCUACGCAAUGAAGUGACAAGCCUGCAAGAUCAGAUGGCAGGUCAGCACCAGGCGUUUCAGGCGGCGAUAGGGACUAUCCGCCAAGACGCGAGCAUGCGGGAACAAGAACUCAAGGAGGAACUCGCCGUCGAAAUGCAAGAACACCUCGACAAGAUUCCUCGGCUCGAAGCGCGGUUGAGAGCGAACGACAUUGUCAACAAUCGGCUGGUACUCGCGCUCGCUCUCAAGAUGCAGGACAAUAUCGCUCAGAUCAACGCCCUGCACGACAUCCACGCAGUUCGGAUCGUCCAGAUCGGGUUAGGGUACACCCAGACGCUCGCCAACAUCACCGCAGAACAUGCUAAUGCAUUGGCCACCAUCAUUGCAGAACAUGCUGAUGCAUUGGCAGCUUUGAAUGAAGAGCUCACUCACCGCGAGGUAUUACAUGGCGAGCGGGAGCAGGCCCACAUCGAGCAGAUGAUAGAGGCCGCAGAACAUGUCCAAAGUCUCGUUCUCAGACUCCAGCAGCUCGAACAGGAUCUCGGCAACACUCGAGACGCUACGAUCAAGGCACUUCGAGGACAGGUCAAGAAGCGAGACGAAGAGAUUGAGGGGUUGCACAGGCUUGUCGCUGCGAAAAAGCAGCAAGUAAACGUCGUCAAGGCGCAGAUCAAGACCGCAGAUCAGCUCGUUGACCAGAUUAAGGGGGCCAUGGCAGUGCCACCUACGCUUGAGGAAAUUAAGAAGACGAUACUCGAGGCCGUACCCGCUGCACCGACCCUCCAGCAGAUUACCAACAUCCUCCCACCGCCUCCACCAACCCUACAGCAAAUUACCAAUAUCCUUCCAUCGCCCGCACCCAAACUCGAGGAGAUCAAGAAGACGAUAGUCGAGGCUGUGCCGGCUGCGCCUACUCUACAGCAAAUUACCAAUAUCCUGCCACCGCCUGCACCUAAACUCGACGAAAUCAAGACAAUGAUAGUCGAGGCCGUGCCGGCUGCGCCUAAACUCGAGGACAUCAAAACGAUGAUACUCGCAGAGAUCGGUACAGCCGUCAAGAAGGUGCUACCGAAUCCUCCUACCGCGGACGACAUUGCAAACGCAGUUCCUACGGUGGAUGCCAUUGUUGAGAAGGUAUCACCAGCGGUCGUCCAAGAGAUCAAAAAGGUAUUGCCAUCUGUGCCUACCGUCGAAUCGAUCGUCCAAGAGAUCAAAAAGGUAUUGCCGGUUGUGCCUACCGUCGAAUCGAUCGUUCAAGAGGUGAAAAAGGUAUUGCCAUCGGUACCUACUGUCGACUCGAUCGUCCAAGAGGUGAAAAAGGUAUUGCCAUCUGUGCCUACAGUCGACUCGAUCGUCCAGGAGGUGAAAAAGGUAUUGCCGGCUGGUCCCACUGCGGAGGAUAUCGGGAAAGCGGUCAAGAUUCCUACCGCCGAGGAUAUAGGGAGAGCCGUCAAAGUUGAGGUCCCAACCGCAGAGGCCAUCGGGAAAGCGGUCAAGAUGCCUACCGCCGAGGAUAUAGGGAGAGCCGUCAAAGUCGAGGUCCCCACCGCAGAGGCCAUCGGCAAACAGGUUAAAGUCGAGGUCCCAACCGCAGAGGCCAUAGGUAAACAGGUCAAAGUGGAGGUCCCAACCGCAGAGGCCAUCGGUAAACAGGUCAAAGUGGAGGUCCCAACCGCAGAGGCCAUCGGUAAACAGGUCAAAGUCGAGGUCCCAACCGCAGAGGAUAUCGGUAAACAGGUCAAAGUGGAGGUCCCAACCGCAGAGGAUAUCGGUAAACAGGUCAAAGUCGAGGUCCCUACUGCAGAUGAGAUAGGAAGAGCCGUCAAGGUCGAUGUUCCCACUGCAGAAGCCAUUGGGAAAGCGGUAAAGGUAGAUGUUCCUACCGCAGACAACAUCGGCCAAGCGAUCAAGCUCCCCGCUGCAGAGGAAAUUGGCAAAGCAGUCAAAUGUAACCCCCAAUUCAAGUUUAUCCUGCCUCCGCAAAUGAUCAAGGACCUCGCAACCCAGGUCGGCGAAAUAAUUUCUGCCAAGGUGAUAUCCAGCUUUGCAGACAAGGUUAUUUCCAGCGGCUCGGGAGUGAGUAGAGACCUGGAUGAGGAUGAGCUGCAGCAGGCGAUCGAUGAUCUCUCGACCGAAAGCGUCCCCGCGAACGACAUCGCACAAGCCGUGCUGGAGCAGCGGUUCAUGGACGGGUACAAGGACUGGAAGGGCGCCAAGGAACGUCCCAGCCUGUUCUUCGUAGCCCUGGCACAGUGUGUGCAGAGGAGACAUUAUCCAGGCUCCGUCUUCAAGGCUUCGCUCGGAGUCGCUGAGCGGAUCGUGGAGGAGGGAUACGACAUGGUCGGUGAGCAGGAUCCGCGAGCGGCAGCUGCUUUCGUUGCGCUGUGCAGUGUGAUCAGGAAGGCGAGGACGGGUUGA